CACUGCCAUCGAGGUCCUACAGCCACUUCUGCCGUCCCCAGCACCACUUCCUCAGGGCCAGCAAGAUGCAGUUUGAGAUGCACGACAACGUGAAAGGCAAAGCUAUGUCCUACCCCGUAACCAGUCAGCCCCAGUGCGCCACCACCAGCUGCUAUCAGACCCAGCUCAGUGACUGGCACACAGGUCUCACGGACUGCUGCAAUGACAUGCCUGUCUGUCUGUGCGGCACUUUUGCUCCUCUGUGCCUUGCCUGCCGCAUCUCCGACGACUUCGGCGAGUGCUGCUGCGCGCCCUACCUGCCCGGAGGCCUGCACUCCAUCCGCACCGGCAUGCGGGAGCGCUACCACAUCCAGGGCUCCGUCGGGCACGACUGGGCGGCCCUCACCUUUUGUCUGCCCUGCGCCCUCUGCCAGAUGGCGCGGGAGCUGAAGAUCCGAGAGUAAGGAAGUUCCCUGUCUUCCCCGUCCUUUUCCACCAGUCUCGCCUCUGGCCUUCUCUGGCCACUCCUGGGAGGGACUGCCUCACCACCCCUGUCCCGCUGCCAGAAAUGCACCCACAAUAAAAACCUGAAAACCAA